AUGGAUUUCGAAACAUCCACUCAAGACUUAGUUCUUCAAAGACACCCAUCUAUUGUGGACGAUACAUUAAUGUCUUCCUUUAACAGCACUUUUACUCUACAAGAACAUUGUGCGGAGAUCAUACGCUACAAUAAUAAGGAAUUUUACGAGCAGGUAUGUAAUUACAGUUCACGUUUUCUCGAAACUGCGUGUAGUAUUUUACUGGCACCGCUCGGCUAAUAAUGCCUGAUAGGCAGGGUUUUCUUAAAAACUUGAUUAUACCACAAAAGCCAACACUUCGGUUUUAAAUUUCUCGCAUAGGCCUCUAAGAAUUUUAUCUACGGUAUUACUGAGUUUUAUAAUUGGUUUUAAUUAUAUUUAGUCAAAAUUUAAAAAGGAACCAUGUCUUUAUUUACUAAAACUGCUUUGUGCGAUUUUGGAUUUUGGUUCCUUUCGCGUUAAUAUUUUAACACAAACUGGCUAUUACUGAAAUUAUUAGCUUACGUAAAAAAAAACUCUAGAAUGACUUGAUAUGAACUACCAUAGUUUCGAAAUCAACACUAUUUCUAUCAAUAUUCUGUUUCGCCCAUAGCAAAAAAGGACGUGGUUUCCUGACAUCUUGAUUAAUUUCCAUCAACUUUAUUAAUCUAAAGUAAACAUCAUUAACGAGUGCCCUUUCUUACGCAGAAAGCAUUACAAUAAUUUUCACUCGUGCCAACCUCAUCAGUUAAAACUCAGUUUGGAACUCUGUAUUGUGAUUUUUGAUGGUCCAGUUCCUCGAUUGCACGUUUUACAUGUAAACACUCCAAAUAUAAGCUUUAACUGACCCGGAAAAGGAAAAGGCAAUCCUCUGAUUUUUCUUUACAUUUACUUCAUGACUGGAGGUUUCUCGUCUUUUAUGCACGUAAGGAUGAUAUAAAAAGUAAUGAGUAAAACAGUCAAUAUGCCUAUAAUCUGCAGUUUCAUUUCACCAUGAAAAUUAGGUCUCUGCUCAAGUAGUCUUUUUACCUUUUUUAUCAGUUCAUAUAUAUGGUAAUUUAGCUUUCAUUUCUUGCGCAGUCAGAUAAUCACCUAAUAUUUGCUCGUGUGCAAAGUGUUUUUUCAUUUCUGCACAAUAACCCUGGGUGCGCUAUGUAAAUAAGUCAAGUUAGUACAUGUACUUAUUUUAAAAACAACAGACAUUCACAUACAUCACUCAACCGCAUAGCUAAGAGCAGGUGUUUAUGAAUAAAGCAAAACGCUUAUUUGAUCGACCCUCGUGAAUUUUGAAAAUUAAGUCCCUCAAAAUAGAAUGGUUAAAAAAGGUGAAAAUCACUAAAUGUUACGUUUGCAAAUCACAAAGCAAUAUCACGAAUUACUCUUUAAACGCGAAAUUGCGCAUAGGGGCGUGCCAAGACGGGUUACCAAGACAGGGCUGGUAGGGAAAGUCAAGGGGCUUAGCUCACUCUCCGUCCCCCCCCCCCCCCUUCCACCUCCAAAACACACACACUUCUUUCUUUUUGUAUGACUUAUGGCGCAAAUGAGAAUUCAAAUGUCAACAAAACUGUGGUAUGACAUCCUAAAACUCUGCCACAGUCUGCACCUGACUCGACUCAUUUCGCUAUCUGGAAAAUCGAUCUUUCUUUAUUAAAUUAUUUCAGACGAGUCACAACCCUCCCCUCCGCCUCUUCCAUAAGUGCUUAGUACUUCCCUGGAUCCCACUCUUCUUUUAAUUCUCAUCACUUACGUAUGAUUUGAUGAUUAGUUUGCAAUAACACUGUAAUCCGUGUAAAUUAUUCUAUUUGCUGUUGCCGUUGUUUAUUGUUGCAAAGGUCAAAAAAGAAAUGGGAGAAAAAGGUAUCGACAGGCAUCAAGCCAUGGACACAGUUCGCCUCCAAAGAUUGAUAGACGCUUGUGACACAAAGGAAAACACCGCGUUUUUUCUACUACAGGAAUGGAAUUACGAGCCACAGGUGAGAACACCAUUCCAGUGAAAGGAAAAGCGAUAAUUCCAGGAGCGGAUCCGGCCAUACCGCUUUCCACCGUUUUACUGAAAUCGGUCAAAUUUUUCAUAAUAAAUAUAUUUUUAGUAAAAAAAUUUAAACUUUCCUAGUUGAUAUCUGGAAAAUGGUUUGAACAGUCAGUAAAUAUCCUGUCUGAAUGACUCAGAGACCUAGGAAAGGGGACUUUGGGGAGUUAAAAUCCCAAAGAUUUCCCGGGGGAGCAUGCCCCUAGACCUCCCUAGAAGUAGGAGAUCGUUCAGUAUUUAUUCUAGAUCCGCGCCUGAAUUCGUAAAAUACUACUGGAAAAACUGAAAAUACGUUCUUUUCGUUGAUUGACAUUACUGUUGAUUUUUGAUUGACGUUAAGUUAUAUAAUUGAAGAGCAAAAAUGAUUUUUGCUAACCCGUCUUAUGACCUACCUUAUUUUGAUCUGUUCGCUGAUCAAUACGAACUGAAAACAAAUCUGAUUGGACAUCGUCAAAGAAGUAAAUGUUCCUACUGUCCCGUAAAUAUAAUUAAUGUGGUGCGCUUAUGUACCGAUCGUCAUUAGAGUCUCACUAGAAAUUUCUAUUUAUUAACUACUCAUUGAAACCAACUCUAUCCUAGAUUUGCAGAUUUCUGAAGCUUUUGUGUGACGAAGGUGUUAAUUUGGAGAAUGUUGAAGAUAUUCUUCACAACCGUCCAUUGCACAUAGCUGCUACAAAGAAUUUCGUCAAAGUUGCCCAGUUCUUGAUAAACAACUAUCCCAGCAUGCUCCUGAGUACUAAUGCUCAGGGUGAACUUCCAGUUGAGACUGCAAUCAAAACUGGCCAGGACGAUGUAGCUGCAGUACUUAUUAGGAGAAUGGAUCACAGAAGGUAAGGCUGGUUACAGGGAACCCAGGGACCUAGGAUCUCAUAAAUAUGAGCAAGUGCACUUUAAUAUAUAAGACAAGAGAGCUCACUAUCUCUUGAUUAUUCCAGCAGAUUUACUAUCGUAAGCCGAAAAUCACUUUGAGGAUGAACCAUUUCUUAAUUAAUAUUUGAUGAAACGAUUUCAAAUUUUGUUUCGUCUUUUACAGGCAGAGUUUUUUUAUUCGGUCAGUCUAAAAGAAUUUUGUAUUAAAAUCAUCAAGAUUUACGGUAAUGAAUAUAUGUUAUACUUUACUAUUCUUUUCUUUUUUUCUAGAGUUGUACGGUUGUUUAGAGCCAACCAGCAAAAGAAAGCCUCGCUUAGUUUGGUAAAAAUUACAGAGGAAUUCAAAAUGCAGGUAGUAAAACAGGAAAAGUAUGAAUUAAAGUAAAGGCAUUGAAAUUUAUUCUUUACAUCCGUAACCCUAGCCAGCAAAAUCCUGAGAAGUGACUUCAAACUCCUUCUCCUUUUUUCUCGCCCUCUCCACCCCCUACAAAAAAAAAAAAAAAAAAAAAAAAAAAAAGAAGUGAGCUUGCUCGAAGGGUAGAAAUCUCGGCUUGUUCAACCGACAAUACUUAACAACACUUAAGUUUCUCUCAAAAGUCUCUUGCAGGCUUUGUUCUACAUUAGUCACAACUUGACCUGAUCUCUUACAAAUAAAUUAAAAUACCCAGGGUAGGAGACCAGUACAGGGAUGUAUUAUUAAGAAAUAUGAUAACAACUAACUAAUUCUGCCUCAAGUUACUUACAUUACUCAUUUAACUGUUGACAGAAAACCAUUGUGGCCAUACUUGAUUGCCUUAUAUCUCCUCGCUGGCCCCACCCUCCAUGUCUACCGAGUGACACUGUUCCGUGUCUUUCAUGGAGGAACUUACAGGACACACCCACUCACUUUCACGUGACCUAUGACAUCUUGGAGAGUGAUGUAAACGGAAGAUGCCCAAAUGAAUCUGGAUAUGAAUACACUCCUAGGUCUUGUUACUAUAAUUUGGCUAAAUAUUGCAACCGGACACUCAACAAGGUAACCUUACUAACUACCCUUGGGUGCAAGUCAUAGGUGUGAUGGGUGGAAAAAAACUCAAUGGGUGCAUUAUUUUUCUUGUAUGAUCUAACUUUCAGUUUCCCAUAUCUAGUCCCCAAUCGUCUCCCUAACGCACACAACAGAGGCCUUGGCGGGGGGAGGGCUGCCGGCGUGCCACUAGGGAGAGCUGUAAGAGAUUGGGAUCCAAUCGGUCCUAUAACUACUCCAUGAAUUAUUUCAUGGCAUUGUUUAGUGGUCCAUAGAGAGUUGGAUUAAAAUUUGAAAGCGCCAAAUCGACGUUUUCCGAAUUCAUUUGAUAGUGUUGAAAUAGAAGACAUCUGCACGCAGGCCAUGUUGUUUGCGGAAAACGUUCUAAAGUUAUUGAUAAUGAUUUGCUUCUAUUAAUCAAAGAUUACAUUGUGCACCAGCGAGCGUACCUUUAAAGUAGCUUUUUUAACCGAGUCUUGGGAGAAUUCCCAUGAUACGUGUACUGCCGACUUUAAUCGAAAACAGGCUCCUGCCAAAAAACAAAGACCCCACUACUGAUCAGUCUUUUAAAAGUACAUUUUUGGCAUUUUGUUUAUCUUGCAGGAAAUACUAAACCACGCUGUCAUAAAAAUGCUGACAGCAAGGAAAUGGGAGAAGUAUGCUCUCUUCUGGUUCAGGUCUGGGAUUCUUUUUAGAUAAAUUUGUGCGGUGUUUUCCCCCCCCCCCCCCCCCCUGCCCCCACCCCUUAGGUGGCGGGGACUCCCGUGUAACUGACUGUAUUGGGUAAGCUCGUCUGAAAAUUAGAAUGAAACCCCAAAAGGAUACCAGUCUCGGCGUGGCUUAGGCUUUAUUGGACACCUAAAGGAGACCAUACUUCAACACUGUAUGACGGCGUUUCCUUUUGUUUUAGGAGAUACUUCCGCACAACCCUAUGCGAUACCUUUGUUUGAGAAAAUGUUGAUGAUCGGCCUUGAACAAAGUGAGACCGAAUUCUGCUAUUUCUAUCCCUAAGGGACACGACGAGCAUCCCCUUCACUUUUAUAUGCCCCCCCCCCCCGAAGUUUUUUUCCUGUCAUCGACUGUUGAUAUAUUGACUUGGACUGGCUCUCAGAUGGUAGGCCAAGGGAGGUCAAGGUGCAAGCCAAGCUAAAAUAAGACGGGCUUGAACUGGGGUCGGAAGGAGUGGUGGUAGGAAAAAAAAGCUUGUUAGUUUUCACGAUCACUGCACAUUACUAUCUUGGAGCCUGGCACGGGCAAGCUUGCGAAUACGCCGAGGAGGACAGCUGUAUUCACAGGCUAGGAAGACUGGCAAGAAGACAAUCUUGAAAUCUUGAAGCAAUAGGCCCUUUCCAGCUAAACAGUCACAUGGUACAAAAACACCUUGCUGGAAUGCGAAGAGCGCAGUAAGGCCUUGAAAUGAAAGUUCAACUAGUAACUCUUCUGUUUUUCCUACUUCGCCGCGCAAAUUAAUUCGCCCUUUUCCUCUUCGCUUGAGGGUUCUGUCACUCUCCACCUCCCCUUAUACGUUUGUCAUUUUUCUGUAGGUUAGUUACUAAGUUACGUGUGUUCAUAGUUAUGUAUUAUCUUUCUUCAGAUUUCGAACAUUAAACUAUUUGGUUUUCCUUUUGGCUCUUGUCACAUCUUUUUUGCUGGCUGCAAGAUCAUAUGACCCGGUGGAUUAUAGGACGCCAGUUUUCGCUCUUGACAUUGUCUGCAUCUUGAUGACAAUAUGGUUUUUAUGUGAUGAGAUUGCUGAGCUUAAAAGGUGGAUUUUUCAUAAACUAAGCCUUUACUACUACAGUGGAACCUCAAUAUAUAUCGAGGUUCUUUUUCAUAUAUUUUACUGUUACUGGACUGAAAGAAAAUCGUUCAUUAUACCAAGGACUUCGUUUCACUUAUAGAGGUUAGUUAUAUCGAGGUUCCACUGUAUUAUUUCAAAAGUUUAAGAAAGUGGCCCAGAGAUCUCAGGCAAUUCUGAUUAGAACUACUAAAGAAUAUACGCUUACCCUGUUUUUUGUGGCAUACAUUUUGAAUUUUAAAUACAGUCAAAUCCCGUUAAUACGGAUACUGAGGGGGCAUAGGAAGUGUCCGUAUGAACGGGGUGUUCGUAUUAAGUGCGUUGAAUUGAGAGAAAUUGUAAGGACUUUGUUUCCCCAGGGACAAAGCAAACUCUCCGUAAAAAUGAGGUAUCUGUCCGUAAAGCGGGGUUUGUAGGCGAACUCAUGUUGCGAGGUCUGUGGCAAAGAUACUUUCUGGGAUCUCGGACGGCCGGAAGGCUAGACAAUUCAAAUUCUCGGAAGAUCCGAUAACUCUAAAAAUUCAAAAUGGCCGCCAAAUAAUACAGAUUGAGCGCGGUUUCGCAGAGUACACAUGGAUAAACGUAUUUGUUUGCAACUGUUUAUUAAUACUGAUAAAGAUGUGAGGCCCCCUUGUGUGUUGUAACUCACUGUCAGUCCUGUCAGUCCUUUGCUUCUGGCCCUCUAGCUAUCAAUAGAAAGCUUUAGAUUUUUAAGGCGAUGUUACACGGGACGAGUCGCAACGACGAUUUUUAGCGGAACAUAGCGUUGCAAUAUUGGAACAAUGUUGCAAGCAUUUAAAACAAUGUCGCAACGAUGUUGGAACCCUGUGUUGUGCUAAAAAUUGUCGUUGCGAAUCGUCUCGUGUAACAUCGAUCACGAGUACGAUUACGAGUACGAGAUUUUCUCUAUACUAAGUAGUGCUCGAGCGUGGACCAGCAUCAUUUUGGCGGGAAAAUGUAGUAGCCGUCGUCAUUCUACUACGAGUUUUAGCGAGAAUGUCGAAUUGGCGAAGUAGCGGAAACAAGUUAUCAUAAGUGAGUAUACGUAGUUUCAGUCAUUUUGCGAUCGAGAGAGGGUAGAACCUCCUCCACUAAAGGUAACAGUGCUAACUUUUCUCGUGAAAAAUGGUAAAAUGAUGCUUUCCGGGGAGUCUCUAUUUUGAGAAUACGCGAAAAAACCCAAAGUCAAAUGUCGUACUCGUAGUCGUCCUCUUCCUUAAAUCUAAAGGUCUCUAUUCUCUUGAGUACUCUCGGGAGAGAAAGUUCAAGGAUGCACAUGCCCAAGAUUAACCAAUCACUGUUAAGACCUGUCACUUAAUCAUGUUAACCUAAUCGUCCGUCUCUAAUACAACGGGCGGCCAUGCACAAGCGUGACGGAGAGAGAGAGAGUAGAAUGCGUAAGAGUACGUCAUAAGUAAGAUAAGGAACAUGUCCUACUAUUGUUUUAAGGUGCACCAGGAAUAACUUUCCAAAGCAGUUCCAGAAAGGUACUUUAACUGAGUGCAUUUAUAUUUAACAGGGAACCGAGCACCUACAUCCAAGAUGUCUUCAACUACCUGGAUCUAUCAGGAUAUGCGUUCAUUAUUUCUGUGUAUGUGUUCCGAUUUCUUGAAAGUGAACUACAGUGGGUAGCAGCUUCGUUAGCAACCUGCAUAAAUAUGAUCGGAGUGUUCAAGUAUUCCAUUGGAUCUCGGUGGGUACUACAAACAAUGAUAUGUAUGUAUGCUGUAUGCUGACGUCCAAGCUCACUAUUCACAUGUUAACUCAUAUUAUCCUCCGAAGCAAAUUUUUCUUUCUUUUCAUUGGCCGACAGCCCACCACGUGACCUGCAAAUAACUGCCUACAAAUAAUGGUCUGCUCAUGCACAAUGCCGUCCAACUGUGUUUGGCUGCAAAUAAUAUUCUGGACAUGCUUAAAGGACACCGUGCUUUUCUCCUUCUUGCGAUCGCUGUUGCGUGAAAAUGGCAGAUCGCUUCGCUUCCUGAGGAUAUUCAUUAAAAAAACAAACUCGGUGAUCGAAUGAUAAAACAAUUAUUGAACUCGGUUAUCGCAAAAUAUCGUGAUUUGUCAGUGUUUCGCAGAUCAAUUAUUUGAUCUGCUCGCCACAGACAAAUCACGAUAUUUUGCUCAACCUCGUCCAAUAAUUGUUAAUUAUUAUUCAUUCAAAGUAUUUCCCCGAUUCUGAUUGGCUAAAAGCACACGUUAAAUUAACCAUAACCAGUUUCCGAUGACGAAAUUUGGAAGAAUUUUGUGUUUAGUGAGGAAAUGACGUCAAAAAUGCAGCGUUCUUGCAGGUUAAUGCACCGUUAACCGAGAAGACCUGGUUACGAGGAUGAGUUGUUUUGGUUGUUAACUUGAAAAAUGGCGAACAUUUCAGUCGUUUCAAGAGUAAGAACUAGGCGAAAAAAUAGCUAAAAGCAUUGCAAGAACAGCAAGAAGACAAGUCGAAGGGCGACAUCGGCUAUUUGGAGAAUAUUUGCGGAGCUGAACAACCCUAAACGUGCACUAUCGAGGAUGAACUUAACAUCGAUGGAUCGAUGGAGGUAAGCAUAUUUUAGCCAUGUUUUUAAACAAGGAAUUAUUUUGAAUGAAUAAUAAAACAAUUACUGAAUUCGGCUUUCGUAUCAUAUAAAGAAUUAUGGAGAUCGAGAUCUCCAUAAUUCUUCAUAACUGAUACUCAGCCUCAUUCAUUAAUUGUUAAUUGUAAAGAGGGCGCGUCGAUCUGUUGUCCUCUCAUCCAUGACUCCUUCCUUCCUUUCUUCUCCCCUUCUUUAACGAACUGAAAAGUGAAGUAAAAAGGGAAUUUCUUAUUGCUAGUGGUAAGGUAGGCUCAGUUUCUAGCCUUGGGUGUAGUGCAUAAGACACCCACAGCGGGAGAUUUAAACAGCCUUCCUUUACGGUGGAUUUCGACCAGUUUUCAUUAGCUUGUCACACCAUGAUGCAAUCCAUAUUUGCAAUUUCAAGUUUAAUAGGUUUCGGCAUUUAUUGUAAAAAGAAAGCAAGUUUUUUGAGGAACGAUUGCAGAAAUUCCAUGCUGAUGACGCGUCACUACUAAGAUCUGGUUAGUGCAUCUGAUUGUAUACAGCAAAUUUUCAACCAAUCAGAAGCACUACCAAGAUCUGAUUGGUGAUGUCAUUUUUCUGGGAAACUAGUGGUAGCAUCGCGAAAUGUCGGCUGUUCUCUCAGGCUACAGGGAAAUGAACCUAGAAUCACGUACAUCCGUUUGUCAAAGUACGUGGAAGGUCGUCUCCAUCACACUAGAUAACCAAAUAGAAGCUUUGAUCAUUUUGAUGCUAAUUAAAGAUGUUGACAACGGCGAAAUGCUGGCGACGUUUGGUUUUCUUUAUCCAGUGGAACCUCCAUGUGCGACCGCCUCUCGUAAGCGACCACCCCCCAUAUAAAGAGACCACUUGUCCAAAACUCCAAAAAUUUCCCAGUCAAAGCCUUACGGUUGGAAACUCUCGUAAACGACCACCUCCUAUAAGUUACUGCGAUCACGUUUCGGGGCUGAUGGUUUAAUAAAAAUUUUCAUUGCUUUUAACCUUUUAUAAGCAACCACUUGUCACAUCGUCUGAUCUCUAGGCUCUCUGUAUGUACUAUGCCACAUAGAGGUAGACAUAUUGAAACUUAGAAAUUGCAUGUAAUGAAUUAUCUUCCAUAAAGUAGAUGUGUCCGGGGUCUCUGGACCUCUUCUCGGAAGAGAUCCCCCUGUGGUGCGAUUGUCGUAAACGACCUCCUAUACCGUAAACGACCACUAAGUCUUCGCAUUUUGGGUGGUCGCUUAUGGGAGGUACGAUUGUUUGGAUAAUUAAGGUUGUGGGUUAGGGUAAAAUACGGUAAAAUUCGCCAUAUCUGAAAUUUGCCCUUCUAACCGAUACGAUCAGUAAACCCGUCCCUGCCCACUCCCCCUUACCCCUUCCCCACACCCAAGUACUGAAGCAUCGCCCUUUACGGGUAGUUCUUUAAUGUUAUUUUUUGCAGGGACGCUGGCAUGUAUAUAAAAAGUCUUGGAAAAAUCAUUUCUCAGGACAUUCCGCGAUUUCUGUCUGUGUUUUGUAUAGUUUUGUUCACUUUUUCGGUGUCAUUCGUCUUGGCUAUCAGAGUACAUACUCACAAACCACUGAAUUUUAACCAAAGCUUACUCCCAAACAAGUGAGUAGUACUAGACGUAAAUUAGGCUGACAGGUCUCUCGUAGCCCGCUUAAUGUAUUGUUGUUAUUAGAGAGCGAAAGUUAAAUUAGCAACUAUGUCUGCGUUGGACCACAAACACAAACAAAAAACAUUUAUGUUUGAUUUAUGACCAAAACAUUAGCUCUGCAAUGCACCCUUAUUGAGGGGGGUCAAUAGGCGAACGGAUCAGGGGAAUUUGGAAAAUAUUUUUGCCCGUAUUUUGGAUUCAAAGCAAGAUUUUAAGCGAUUUCGGGAUCCUGCAAUUGCAGCGGAUUGCGGAUUCAUUCACUUUUUGAACCCUGAUAUUGAACAUUGCGUGUAAUUAAACUCUUUUUGCCUGGAUUUCGGAUUCAGGGCGAAAUUUUAAAGGCGGAUUCGUAUACCCCCAUUCACCCCCCCCCCCUUCCCCGCUCCCCCUUAUUCCGUGACAUUGUUUUGCUGUUCUUUGAAAACAGACCAGGACUCAAGGUUUUAUAGAGGGUGUCACGACUAUUUUUCUUUUUUAUCUGAGGCACAGUUUCUUCAAAAACGACAUCUUUUUUAUUCGAGCUUAUUACCUUCCACAAGCACAAUUAUUGCUUGAUUUAGUUCCAUGACUCUCAUGUUAGUUGACGUCCUUAAUUUAUAAAGCAUGCUCAGGAGCGACAUUUCGUGCACCAGUAACCUAGGAUGUGCUGUAUGCUAGCUGAGUUUAUGGCAUUGCUUCAUAUUAUAACCGUUUGACAACGACCUUUUUUGCAGCACGCUCAGGAGCGACAGCUCUUGCGGUGGUAAAGUAGAGUGUGUUAUUUUAGCCGGGAUCAUGACAUGGCUACAAGGAUCGUCCGUUGUGAGCAACUUGUCCGAAGUAGGGUGAGUUAAUUUUGCUUAGAAUCCUCUGGGAAGUAUCCGAGGGCGUAGCUUUACACAAAAUGAAGUACAUUCAGGGCAUGGCACAUGUUGUAUGCAUAUACACUUUAGUUUUCUAUUCAGUAGGAAGCACAAAAAAGACGAGGAGAUUGGAGCAACAAUGAUGGCUGUCGGCCUCAAAAGCUUCGUUCACACUUCACCGGAAUGUAUUUUUAUGUCGUGUCAGCUGCGCUAGCUACUCCAAAAUUCGAGUGAAAAUAAAGUCUAUGUUGUUGUUGUUGUUCUCCCAGCUGAGUAACCACGCAUCAAUGCAUCCGCGCCAUUGCCGUAAAAAAAAUUUGACUGUUAUAGUGUUCACAUUUAGCCCAAACAUUUAGCUAUUUAAUUUUCAACCGAACCGGCUGAAAGUUUGACUUGGUUUUAGCGUUCGAAUUUUUGAACGGCUAGGCGUUCAAAUUUUCCCACAGUUAGCUUGGUUCCAUGUGAACAAAACACCUAAAUGCACGUGUGAACGUAGCCAACACACUUGAAACCAUCACCUCCGGUGUUUUCAAAUAUAAAGCUUUUCCGGUUUUUCGAUCUUCCUUGCUUUCUAGGUGGCUUGGUGCUUUACUAAUCAUAGUCUAUAUGAUUAGUGUGUCUGUUAUUCUGUUAAACAUUCUGAUCGCACAGCUGUCGUUAACGUACGAGCUUGUUCAAGAGGAGUCCCUGCUGAGUUUCACCGCACUGAGGAUGCAAGCAGUGGCGAUCGUUGAGUGGCACAGCAGGUUCAAGUACUGGGUGAGGACUAGCUUCUAAACCUUUCAGGACAAGUUCCAGCUGCAUUACCUUACAGCUGCUGCGUAUUUGCCAGAAAAUAUUUUCCAAUCUAGUCUGCAAAACAGGCGUUAUUUUUUCGCCUUUUUCCAGGGCGAGUGAAGGCAAGCGCGAGACACGCGCAGAAGGCGUCUUACUACGUCGCGCGUGUCCCGCGCUCCACGCCCACUUCGUGCUUUGCUCACUCGAAAAACGCAGAAAAAAUAGCGCCUUAUCUGAAGGCUAUUUCCAAUCUUGUUUUAAACUUAACCCGCAAUGAUUUCGCCUAUGAAUGUAUCCCAUUCGUCUCUGAGGAUGCGCAAUCACCUGUUACACUGCAUAAUGGCAACGAAGACUGUAUGGAAUAUUACCAACGCCGUAAACUCACCAUUUUCACAUAGACCAGAAUGCACCUUGUUUACCCCCAAUUUCUCUCGGGACUAACUGUAAUACCCAGGAGAAAUUGGAAACGAUGUUUAUGCAAAAUUUGGGAGGGGGGUUGCAUUAUGGCCUAUGUGAAAAUUAAUGCCAUUAUUUGGCAGUCAGAUUUUCUUACUUAGUUAGUGAUGUAUUUGUUUCAGAAUCUCCGGAAGAAAUACUAUAUUCCUGGAGAAUUAAAGACCCGAGAGGAAGUGGAAGGUAAAGACAUCGGGUCGAUUUAAACGAAGACUAACUUAAGCCGCAGCGGUUUAGCAAAUCUUUGGACAUCCAGAUCUCGUCCUUAGUGGGUUAUUUUAAGAAGAUAAAUGCUUGUGUAUUUUACGCCUUAUACCUCGAAAUUACUUUUCACGAUAAAUAGCGUCAAGAGAAAAACGUUAACGUUAGAUAAACUGAAAACGGCUUAGAACGCGGUUUUGUUAAACACUGACCAGACCCUGUUUAAAUAACUGGCCCACAGAGUUUAGCCUGUUUCAGGCUCCAAGAUAGUAAGGAGUUUAAGCAAAGCCGUUUUUGAGCGAUUCAUGUCAACCGGAAGUGGACUUUUUGCAUUCUUGGGCAGUGUUUUUUUCCCAGCUUUUUGGCAAAUCGUCUUAUAUGAGUAAAAACACUUAACACUACAAAUCUCGUUGCGUCAAGACAUAUUAAAAAGGAAAAGGCUUCACUUCCAGUUGACGUGCUUUGCUCCAAAACGUCUUUACUGAGCUCCCUAUUAAUGUCAAGAGAUCGCAAAAACUGAUGUGAGAAACGUGAGGGGCUUGCGAAGGGAGAAGAAGAUGAAGGCUCUCUCCUUCUUUUCCCACCACCGCCCCUUUCCCCAGAUCACGUGCGUCUUAUUUUCUCUCGACUUGUCGUGGCGACCUCCCUACUAUCACGGCCCAUUCAUUUUGAAAAAAAAUAUGCACCUUUUUUGUUUUGUUUUUUAGUAUUUCAGCCCUUGAAGUUUGGUAUGUUUUAUUUGCAGAGCUGAUGACUGAUUGCAUAGCCUGUGCUGAUGGGAUCCCGUCUUUAACGAAUCGUAUAAAGCGUAUACAACAAAGAGUCGUCAGUAAGCUGAAGACAAACUUCAAUCGACACCGGUAAGGCUUCCCAUGAUGCUUCGGUUUUUGCUUGAAGAAUGGUUUCCAUACCAAAUAGUCUUGAUCGUCCGAGUCGUCCUAAAAUAUGUCCGGUCGCUUUAUUUCGCCACGCUCGAUGCAGGACGAUCGCAUUCGUCUGGACAGAACUAAAGGUCUCCCCGGAGAAAUUACAGCCCAUCGUAUCGGGACCCAUCACACAUUCUCUGACGAUCGGUGCGAUCGUGAUCUUUCCCGGCGUUAAUCAUUUUCCCCACAAUUCACUAGAAGGCAGCGUAGCCAAGUGGCCAACGCGUCGGACUCGCAAUCCGGCGGUCCCGGUUCUAGUCCCGCUGUGGCCAGUUGCUGGAUUUGUUAAAUGUCGCCCGGAGUUCAAGUCCUCGGCCACGCUUGUAACCAGCCAAGUGGGUGCCUCCGGCCAGUUGGGGGUUUUAAUCCUGUUAUGUUAUAUUUGAAAUACUUGUUUCAAACUAUUUGAGUGGAUUGCCUGUAAACUAGCUGGGUAACCUAACUGCACUUUGCACUAUAAAAACAAACGCUUAACCUUUGAUCUUUUAAUACACUCUUACAAGCAGUAUGUUUUAUGUUUUUUUUAAUAAUCUUUUAUAUUACGUCAUUUUGCAUAAACGCGAUUAGCGAUACAACCACCAAGAGUGGAUAAUAUUCAACCGGACCUAUGCGCAAUAAAAAAUAUCUGGUUUAGUUUUGUUGAUAGUUUGCAAAAAAGAAAAGAUAAAAACAACAGUAAGUUCUACCGCCUCACUGAAUAUUGCACAAGUUUGAGCGAACUUUGACAGCAGGCUCCGGUUGAUUGAAAGAGAAUAGCUCUAUCCAAUGGACGACGCAAUUGGUCUCCCUAAUACCUGGGCAGAGAAUGGCAGAGUUUGAGAUGCACUAGACUUUUCCAAAACAAUAACUUCUUUUGGCAGACACUAGGUUAUCAAAAAGGUAAUACAUUAAAACCUUGAGAAACGCAGGGGCCAAGUUUUUCCCAUGAUGGACAGCAAACGUGCAGUAACCAAAGCCUGAGUGCAACGCAGACGUUAAACGCAGACGUAAGUUUCCAGUCUCCGAUUAAAUGUUUUGGUCCCUAGACGUGGUCAGCUAAGAAUUGGACUGCCGAGAACAAAACAUUAAUCAGUAAUUUUGCAUUUGUUACACGUUUAGUAAAAAAAUCCCGACUUUCCCCCCAUUUUCCCAGUAUUUUUAAUGGUCCGCAAAACUGGCCCGCAAAUUUCAAGACUAUCUUUCAAGAUUUCAAGACUCUGUACGAACCCUUGACUGGGAAUUUGUCCGGUUGAAAGCGCUGUUCAACUCUUGAACAACCGAGGUUAAGUGCUAAGUCACGAUCAAUUCUAAGUCCAAACAUACUAAGAUGAGUUUGUUUCAUGUAUACUUUACUGUAGGAAAGUUGAUGAAACGGGCUUACCGUGAGACAGACCAGGAGCCAAGGGGACACUCACAGCC